UUAAAGCGUCUGAGCGGUCGAACUCUGAAUUUACAAGUGAGAUUUUUACUUUGAGACCAUUUUCUACACUGCGAUCAUCUCCAGUACCGCGUCAUCUCUACGAUCAACUCCAGAACCGAGUCAUCUCUACGAUCAACUCCAGUACCGAGUCAUCUCCACGAUCAUCUCCAGAACCGAGUCGUCUCUACGAUCAAAUCCAGUACCGAGUCAUCUCCACGAUCAACUCCAGAACCGAGUCAGCACUACACUCAUCCCUGCACCACUUGGGUCUUCUCAGCCAUGAUCUUUAGGAUGGACGAAGCGCCGCAGCCCCAGGAGGACGAGCCUGAGACUGGAGUGAGCGGACUGCCUGACCUGCCUGUCAGCAACGAAACAUGGAGGGAGGAAACUGUCGAGGAUGUGCACCAGGGUAGGAGGAGACGGAGGGAGCAGGUUAGUGAUGAAGAGGACAACACUGAAGAGGCCCCUCAUAGAAGAAGGCAACAUGAGGAGCAGGAAGAGGAUGACGAUGACGUGUUUGAGCUCAAUAAUUUGGAGAGUAGCUCACCCCCUUUGUGGAACUCAUUCCCAGUUUUGGAGUGGAUUCACAACAUACGAGUGCGUUGCAGCAAUGAGCAAUUCCGGGAGAGGAGACGGAGGGAGCAAGUGAGUGAUGAAGAGGACAACAUUAAAGAGGCCCCUCCUAGUAGAAGACGGCGUGUAGAGCAAGACUAUGAUGAACAUGAGGAUGAUGACCAUGCGGAUGAUGACCAUGAGGAUGGACCCAGCUGGAAUUGUUUCCAUUCCUGUUCCUAGAAUAAUUUUUCUAGUUAUUAUUAACUAUUAGUAUGGUACUAGCUUUGUAGCUACCAUGAGAUAAGGUCCAGUAUUCAGAUUUUUUUUAAAUCUUUGGAAAAUAUUUCACCUCAAGGUUGUAACAUUAGUCUU